CUGGGUGUCGUUCCAAACAGGCCCUAAAUGACUGGGAGAUUCAGAGACUAGCAGAUUUUUACAAGAUCUUGGAGCAAUUUAAGGGACCAUCUGAUGAUGAAGACUGCCUAAUCUGGCAGAAUCACAAACUAGGCAAGUUUUCUGUCAAGGAGGCAUACAAUACUUCUAACAUUUACAGAAACCAGAUUGACCACUAGCCAUGGAAAUUGAUAUGGAAGUUAAGAUCCCUUACGAAGUUUCUUGUUUUGUCUGUCUGCUAGCUAAGCAGGCAGUACUGUACUCAGGAAAAUCUCAUGAAAAGGGGUUUUAAUUUUGUCCAAGGUGUUUCUUUUGUGGUGAAGAAGCAGAGACUGUUAGUCACCUCUUUAUUCACUGCAAGACUACCUUUCAGAUAUGGAGUUUGUUCAUCAAUUUGAAAGGGUUAACAUGGUAAUGCCUGAGAAAAUUGCUCAAGUCCUUGAGAUGUGGAAUAGUUAUGCCAACCUUUCUGGCCACAAAGAGAGAUGGAGAAUUAUACCAGCUUGCAUCUGGUGGUCUGUGUGGAGUGAAAGGAACCUUAGAUGUUUUGAAAAUAAAGUGUAAUUCUUUACAGAAGAUGAAAAUGAACUGUCUUGCUUUAUUCUACUUUUGGUGUAAACAGGAGUAUAUGGAAGAUCUAGAAUCAUUUAUGGACGUCUUGGGUUCUAUAUAAGUUAUUGUUAUAGGAUUAAAGAUCUUCUGAAUACUCCUUUGUAACUAUGAGACCUGUAACUGUUUGUGGCAGGUCUGAUUUUUGGAUAAAUACACGAGUGUUACCUUUUCGAAAAAAAAAUAAAAAAUUAUUCACUUCAUAGUCUGAUAGAUUUUUAUUGGUGCUUUAUUCUCGUUAUUAUAAAGUUUAUGUAUGCUUACGUUCUGCACAUUGAAUAGGUUUGUCAGGAUGCCAUGGUUCCUGACCUGUUGAUUUUCCCACCAAGGACUGACCUGCAUGAUCAUCCUUUGGUGAAAAGUGGAAGUGUCUUUUUGCAGGGUAAGGCAAGUUCCAUGGUUGCAGUUGCUCUUGGGUCUAAACCCAGAUGGGAGGUCAUCGAUGCAUGUGCAGCACCAGGGAACAAAACUGUUCAUCUUGCUGCUCUAAUGAAGGGAAAUGGAAAGAUAAUAGCUUGUGAACUUAAUAAAGAAAGGGUUAAACGUCUGAAGGACACUGUUAAACUGGCUGGAGCGACUAACGUGAAAGUCAAGCAUGGCGACUUCUUAAACAUGAGUCCUGAGGAUCCAGCGUACUCAAAGGUUCAAGCAAUACUGUUGGAUCCGUCAUGUUCAGGAUCUGGAACUGCUGUUGAUAGAUUAGAUCACUUGCUCCCCUCAUAUACUGCAGACUCUGAUGUAAAUAGACUAGAAAAGCUCGCUGCUUUCCAGAAAAAGGCUUUGGAACAUGCAUUAUCUUUCCCAGCUGUUGAGAGAAUUGUUUACAGCACAUGUUCGAUUAACCAAGUUGAGAAUGAAGAUGUCGUCAAAUCUGUUCUUCCUCUUGCUUCUUCUUAUGGUUUUGAACUGACAACAAUCUUUCCUCAAUGGCCUCGCCGAGGUCAUCCAACUUUUGAUGGAUCUCAACAUGUGCUGAGAACCAAUCUCAUUGAGGACAAGGAGGGCUUCUUUAUUGCUUUAUUUGUUAAGAAGGGCGUGAGUCCUCCAGCCAAGCACACCAGAGAUGUUGGAAACACGUUACGAGCUCUUCAACGAAGAAAGAAAAGAAAGAUGAAUUCUUUCUUCCUCCUCAGAACUUUGGGUUUGUUCUUGCAAUCCUAGUUUUACUUCUAUCAAUCAGGCAAUCCGCAAUUGAUAAAAUCCUAGAGACAAUUGCCAGAAUUUUUGUCCCGGUGAGAAUGUAGUUUUGGCCGAAGUUUUGUUUUUCCAUUUUCAGGUUUCUAAAUUGCCUACCAAACAGUUAUAUAGCAAAAACUUACUCGCAUUCGCAUUUGAUGCUCACACCAACUGGUAUUUCUCCUCUGUUCUUUUUUUUUUUUUUUUUUUUUUUUUUCAAUGUAAUUUUUAUUUUAGUUGUGUAAUCAAUGGAUGGAUCAUCUAUGCACUAAAAAUACUGGCGAAUCUGUACAUUGGUCGGGCUAAGACUUUUUUACUCUUUCAUCUA